AUGGCUGACAUAGUUUCCGAUGAACCACAUGAAGGAGAACCGCAAAGAGAUGCUGAAGAUGCACCAGAAACCGAAACUGAUCAGGAAAGAAAUAUUCCUGAAGAGGUGGAACUGCAACAUUCACCACAAAUGGACGAAUCAGAUAUUGCUGAAAUGAGUAUGAUUGCUGCACAAAUAGAAAGUGCUGAGGACUUUAAUUUGACGUUUGAGUUAAAUUGUGGAUCUUCUCCUGUUACCCAUAUCCUCUAUCAAAAUCUCUUCGUUGUCGACACAUCCGACAUGCAGCCAGUAGGGGAGAAACCAAAAAGCCGGCGGCGAUCAAAAGAAGUCAGUCCACUUUAUGUAACCGAAAGACAUGAGAUUGAGGAGUUCCUGGAAGAAGGCCUCAACGAAUCAGUAGUAGAUUGCGGAGCAAACAGAGAAAGCGAACACAUCGAUAGCAGAGGCCCUUCUGGGCGAAUGGGGCAGUCCGAAAGUGGAUCCGAAGCGGUCUGCUCUACGCCUACAGCGUCCGGCAGACGAGAAGAUGACGUCACCGAAGAAAGCAACGGUUUCAAGCACACCUAA